CUCAACCAUACUGUGCACUGAUACGUUACGGGGAUGCGGCCAAAUCGUGACAGCGUAGUAGCCUGGUUAAUUUGACAACGGCAUAAACCGGAGUCACUAGGGCAACACCUACUUUGUGGCUGUGCAUUCGUUCGUUCGUUCAUUCACUUCUGCGCUCGCUGCCCCCCAGUGAAAACAGGCGAGGUUUUGUCGCGGACCCCUCCCUUUCUUCCAAAUAUAGUGUUUGGUACACCGCCAACCGCUGGGAAUAUGCAUUUAGCAGUGUCCGCCGAGAAGCUGCUCGGAAGACAUCUCUUACCAUGACUGGUUAUCAACAAAUUCGUUUAGGAUGUCAAGGUUUGGCAGCGAACGUCUGAAUACCUUUUUUUUCAUCGCAGACGACUGUAAAAAACACCAUGAGACCCUGUGGAUCGAAGGGGAGUUCCCCGUCCGAAUUGGCCAGCCGGUGAGGGGCGUGGCCUGUGGAAUGGGGCGUAAGUGAGUGGCUGAGCGGGGUCCACCCACAGUGGGCGGAGCGGAGGAGGGGGCGGGACUAUGCCGCCGGAGCGUCAGCAUGCCUCUGCCAGACGCGCGCUCGCUCGGUCUGGUCUCCGCCUGCCUGCUGCUCCUGCUCCUCCCGCCAUCCCGCGGCUGCCCCAAGAGCUGCGUGUGCCUGCGCCGGUCCGACGGCCUGGAGGUCACCUGCAGCCACGCCCGCCUGCGCGCCGUGCCCUCCGACAUCCCGCCGGACACCGUCCUGCUGCGGCUCGACCACAACCAGAUCAGCGCGGUGCCGGACCGGUCCUUCCGCGGCCUGGCGCGGCUGCGGGAGCUGAACCUGUCGCACAACGCGGUGGAGACGCUGGGCGAGGGGGCGCUGCGCGGCGUGGAAGCCACGCUCCGCACGCUCGACCUGUCGCACAACCGCAUCAGCCGCGUGCACCGCGACGCCUUUGCCCGGCUGCACGCCCGCGUGCUCAUGGGCGACAACCCCUGGCACUGUGACUGCGCGCUGCAGCAGGCGCUGCGCGUGAUGGCACACAACCACGAGGCCGCCGGGCGCGUGCGCUGCCACAGCUCGCCGCUGCGCGACCACCGCGAGGGCCAGCCCUUCCUCGCCAUGGACGCCGACCUGUGCAACCUGGCCAAGCGCACCACCGACUACGCCAUGCUGGUCACCAUGUUCGGCUGGUUCGCCAUGGUGGUGUCCUACGUGGUGUACUACGUGCGGCAGAACCAGGAGGACGCCCGGCGCCACCUGGAGUACCUGAAGUCCCUGCCCAGCAAGGCGCCGGGCCGGGCCGAGGAGGCCCCCGAGGACGCCAGCACCGCCGUAUGACCGCCGGCGGGGGGGCGGGGCCCCGAGGACGCCAGCACCGCCGUAUGACCGCCGGCGGGGGGGCGGGGCCCCGAGGACGCCAGCACCGCCGUAUGACCGCCGGCGGGGGGGCGGGGCCCCGAGGACGCCAGCACCGCCGUAUGACCGCCGGCGGGGGGGCGGGGCUCCGAUGGGCCCAGACCCAGGUGGGCGGGGCUCCGAUGGGCCCAGACCCAGAUGGGCGGGGCUCCGUUUGGGCCCAGACCCAGAUGGGCGCGGUCCGGCGACGCCCGAAGGCUGGAUUUUAGAGGGCUCGGGGAACGGGCACUUUAUCGAGUCCAUAUGGAUGUAAAAAGGAACUGAACUAAGAAAAAUUAGCUUCCUAAUUCAACAUUACAUGCCUUCACACCCCCCUGUGUGUCCCCAUACCGCCUUCCCUGUGUGUGUGUGUGUGUGUCCAUAAUGCCACCCCAGUGUGUGUGUCCAUAUACUGUCUCCCCUGUAUGUCUGUUCCCAUACCGUCUCCCCUGUGUUUGUGUCCCUAUAAUGCCACCCCCUGUGUUUGUGUCCCCAUAAUGCCACCCCCUGUGUGUGCCCAUACCGCCACCGGUGUGAUUCUAUUGCAAAAAACUCUUUAAAAAAUGAAAAUAUACUUCCUGUGGUUGAAAAGAGUGAUCUGUAAAUUUCGAUUCCGCAACGUAUGUGUGUGAAAAUGCUGUGUGUGCGAGUUGCCAUGGGAACUGGGAGGCUGAGGCUGUGGCUGCUGAGAUCAGAGGAACUGCUGGUCGUUUUGUGGUUAGAUUGGAGUCAGCCCCAAAUUAGCCCCUGCUGUGAGACAACCUCUCAUGGUAUCAACAGGAUCAAGGAAAUCUUACACACACAUGCACACACACGCAUACACACAUGUAUACACAUAUGCGCACACACACACACGCACAUAUGCGCGCACACACACACACACAAACAUACACACACGCACACAGAGUUCCAGGUUUCCAUAGUUACAGGGUGUAAACGCCUUGUGCACCAUGAGACGACAGACAUGCCUGUCAUUUACGGGAAUGGAGAAGAUAAUUAAAAACAUGCAUGCAUGCACGUACACGCUUACACACACACACGCACACGCUUACACACACUCACACACACUCACACGCAUGCACACAGACACACACGCACACAUGCACG